AUGGAUCGACGAUACUUUGAACUGGAAGAAGAUAUGCAGGAACCACAAAAGACGACAUUCGAGAAGAAAAGAGAUAUGAUUGAGGAACGAUUUACUAUUUUGAAAAACGACAUGCAUACAUUGCGUAUGUCAGUGCAGCAAACUACCAAUGAAGUGAAAGGUGUAUAUCAGCAUGUCAUGAAGUUGCAAAAUGUCGUCGAUAAUGUUUCGGAAAAUGUGAAAAUACAGUUGCACGAAUCGAAGAUAUUUCGUGAAAGAAAGGUAAUGGAAUACAGACAACUUCUGGAAAAAUCGAAGCGUGUUCUGGAUGAGUCCAAAUCUCUGGUACAGGCAUUCGAACAUGUCAAACAAAAUCGUAAACGUAUCGUGGAACAAAUGAAGGGAUGUGGAUGGAUGAUGAGCAGCCUGGAUGUUCUGGAUAUCAGUAUAACGGCCCUCAAAAUUUCAACGCCUAUGGUGAUUGCAAAUUUUGCGAAAAUGGUGAUUGCAAAAAUUUCAAAUGAAAAGCUACUAGAAUAUAGUGGAAAAUGA